UCAUGAUCCUUGGAUCGAUUCCCAUAUAAGUAGUAUUUCGUUUUUUAGGAUUUACUAUAUUAGUAAAAAGACCUUGUUGUAAUACUUGAAACAUGUCUGGGAGAAAAGAAACUGUUCUGGAUUUAGCAAAAUUUGUUGAUAAAGGAGUUCAAGUCAAGCUUACUGGUGGCAGACAAGUGACAGGUACUCUAAAAGGGUAUGACCAGUUACUUAACCUUUUCCUGGAUGAAGCUGUUGAGUUUUUAAGAGAUCCCGAUGAUCCACUGAAAACUACAGAUCAGACCAGAAGUCUUGGCUUAAUAGGUUGCAGGGGAACUGCUGUCAUGCUUGUGUCGCCAACUGAUGGUACGGACGAGAUUGCAAACCCCUUUCUUGAGGCAGAUGGGGCCUAGGUGUAAAUGCGUGUAUAAAAUACCUUCUAUGUUGCUAACCAGGUCUCGUCAUUUUAGUUACCAACCAUCAUUGUGAUCUACUUGGUAUCUUUACACUCCUAUGUAUUAACAUUUACUUUUUGAGGAAAAAAAAUCGCAUUUUGUGUUUGCUGAUGGAAUUGAACAUUCGUAUAAUGUUAGUUCAUAUCUGGGAUGACUCUGAUAUUUGCAGUUACUCCUGGAAGAGUUCCUCCUUGUAUACCGUAUAAUUUUGUUAAGUAUGUUGCAGCUCUACAUAUUAAAAAUGAUGUAGCAACUGCAGUAGCAGUCUGCAACACUGGCAUUUUUCCCUGA